UCUUUGUGUAGAGUUGUCACUAGUUGAAAUAAAUGUAAAUGGCUACCGCAUGUUGCAGUAAUUUUAUUGUCGUAAAAUAAAGAACUUUUACAUGGUGUCGGAAGUGGAAUUAAUUUUCCAAGUCGUCGGAAUUCGAAGUUAUCGUUUCCGUUAAAGCGUGUCGUCGUCGAAGAUAGUGAACAAGAUCUGUUUCGACGGAGUAAAAGUGAAAAAAAAACAAACUCAGAGAAACGCAACAAUAUGGCGUCAAUGGAACUGCGUUUGCCCAAUCCAUUGGACUGUUCCAAUUUGGCGGCCGAGUGGCCGAAGUGGAAGCAAACGUUUUUGAUCUACAUGAUCGCGAACAAAAAGGAUGGUGACCCGGAACAAAGCAAAAUUGCCACAUUCCUGUGGUUGAUUGGACAGCGAGGAGUUGAAAUAUUCAACACGCUAUUUCCGAACGAUGGAACCCUAAACGGAAUGUUUGGUGCUGGUGGAGGACAAGUUGCUGCUGGAGCUGUGGCUGGUGCUGCUGUUGGUGGAGCUGUGGCUGGUGCUGCUGUUGGUGGAGCUGGUGGUGGCGUAGGUGGAGGAAUACCUGCAGGUGGUGGGCGAACAUUGAAUGACGUUAUCGACGCUUUUGAUGAUUAUUGUUACAUCCGAUCAAUUGACUGGCGUGACUCAGAAGUCUGAAUGACAGAGUUGUAGCGCGUGUGAGAUGGAUGAAAACUUUCCUCAUUCAGGAUUAUCCUGUUACCUUUAAACUUGAUACUGGAUCUGAUAUAAACUGUAUGCCGUUGAAUCUAAUUACAAAAUUAAAAAUUGGAAUUUCUAAAUUUAAGCAAUAUCGUGUAUUGGACUACAGCUCUAACGAAAUCAAAGUUCACGGUCAGGUGUCACUAAUUUGCAUAGACAAAGACAGUGAAGAAAGACAUUCUCUCACUUUUCUAGUUGUGGAUAAUGAUUUUGAGCCACUCCUGGGUUUGG